AUGCUACCAUCCCGGCAGAAGAUUAGCAUUGCAUUGCGUCAACUAUCGUUCGGUGCAGAGCAUGCCUUGACUAAGGAAUCCGGUACAUCGAAAUACGCAAUCUUCCUGUCGCGGGACCCAGAGAAACAGAACACCAUCUACGUAGUCGAGGAGUACCCGUCCAAGGCCGACUUUGACGCUCACAUGGCACUUCCACACGUCCAGAAGUUAGUAUCAUGGAUGAGCGCAACCAACCCAAGCCCACUUGCUGGCACCCCGAGCACGCACUUUCUGUCCCUUCCAUCGGAUGACUUCUUAUUCUCGCGCGCAAAGGUGUCCGAGCACAAAGAGAAGGACCCUUGGGUUAUCAUUGCUGAGUUAGGCUACCAUCCUGGAGGAUCGGCAACAUCGAUACCAUACUGGCAGGGUGUUGUGAUUGAAGGGCGAGAGAACAAGGAAGGAACUCUUGUCUACGGAUUGGCCAGAGAUUCCGAGGAUAGGGAGAAGCUCUGGACUGUUGAGGUGUAUGAGAGCGAGGCAUAUCUGAAGGAUGUCCACGUCAAAAGCACAGCAAUUGCGGAAAGCAUCAAGAACACCAAGCACUUACGGACCGGCUUGACGUGGACGUUUCUGAAAUGGACAGACGGGUUUCUGCACAAAGACACAUAG